AUGCAGUGUACAAGCUACCUCCAUGGAUGUUACCCCAAUAACGAUCUCAAUAUUGGGGCUAAUGGCAAUAGAUGGCCCCCAUAUUAUGGUGAUGGAACCCAGAAGAGUACAAACCUCUACAAUGAUUUAUCACCAACAUUUACUACAAACCAAAAUCUAUGGCAUGUCAAAGAAAUUUUAAGCCAGACUAUACUCAAACAUGAAGCCACAUUUAGAAAUCAGGUCCUUGAACUCCAUCGCCUUUACAGAAGACAAAGGGAAUUAAUGGAGGAAAUUAGAUUGAGAGAAAAGUGUGAACAUCAUUUACGGUUGCAAACAUUUCAGUCAAAUCUUGUUUUCCCUCAAAUGCCAUCUGAAGUGGAACAGAAGAUGUGGCACAUUUCAAGCUUGCCCUGGGAAAACCCUGCCGGUAAUUGCUUCUAUGCAUUAAAUGCUGAAAACGUUCAAGCAUUUUCAAGUUUUGUUGCGGGAAAUAACAUGAAAGCAGAUUGUGAACCUUCCCUGAGUAAAAGCCAUAAGGAAGACUGCAACCUGUCAUUAUCACGNUAUGCAUUAAAUGCUGAAAACGUUCAAGCAUUUUCAAGUUUUGUUGCGGGAAAUAACGUGAAAGCAGAUUGUGAACCUUCCCUGAGUAAAAGCCAUAAGGAAGACUGCAACUUGUCAUUAUCACAAAACAGCAACUACGGGAAAAGAAUGUUGGAUCUUGAACUUCCAGCUGAUGAGUACAUCGACAGUGAAGAAGAGGAGCGGUCGAAAGAAAAGGAGGUUUCUGAAGUGCCAGAGGUGCCAUAUUAUCCUUCUAAGAGAAUUUCAGGCAGUGUUGUGUUCUCCGGUGGCCAAGGAGGUCCUGUCAGCCCUGAUUCAUUUUCCAGGAAAACGAAACAUUUGGUUGACUUGAAUGAGCCUAUCCAGCUUGAUGAUCGAGGAACUCCAAAUUCCACUAGCCUACUGGGCUCGGACACCUGCCAUGUGGAGAUUCCGUACAAGGGCCACAAUCUGUCUGGGAUGUUGAAUUCAGACUUCUUACUACUGAAUCAAGAAAUUGUCCAUACUAUCAAUGCAGGAAAGGGUUUCCAGGACUACUCAAAGAUGAUAUAUGAUAGGCAACAGGAGCUGCAAACUUACAAUGAUGAAGCAGGGAAAAGUGGAAGCAAUUUGAGUCCUCUCUUUCAAGUUUCCUGUCAAGAAAGACUAUCCAGAUCAUGUGUUGAACUUCAAGGUCAUGAACGUCCAAGGAUCAAUCUAUUGGAUAAGGUUGACCAAGAAAUGUGGAGUGAAAGAACAAAUUUGGAACUAAAAAUCCCCGAAAGAAAUCAUAAUCUUUGCAAUGAUAACUAUCCAGUGCUGGUCAGUUAUUCUAUACCCACUUCAAACCAGCUUGUUACUCAGUCUGACGUGGCUAAGUCUGAACCAUCAUCGGUUCCAUCUCAAAGGAAAGCAAUACAUAACUUGAGACACAUCCCUAUAGCAGUUCAAGCACUUCCAUGUGUUGAUACUCGUACAUCAUUGACAAAAAAUUCUUUUCAUCCAAGCAGAAAUUCCACAUGUAGCCCAAGGUUUGAAAGUGUUCCAAACAGCUUUUCCCCUGAAUUCCAGUCCAAGUCCAUGACAUUGAAGGCCUUCUCUCCUUUGACGAGUCUUAAUCCUCUAACCAGGACUGGUCACAACAACUCUCCUUCCAAACACCAUGAUCUUUCAGAAAGCUUUAAGGAUUCCACUCGUAUGGGUGUGAAUUUUAAUUCCAUGCGCCCUAGCUGUUUGUUAGACACAACAGUUUCUCGAGAAAAUAACAGAAUUGCAGGUGUAGGAAAGAAGCCUGAAGACUCGGUGGAGGGAUCCCACUGGUUUAGAGCAAAGUCAGACAGUAAUAGCAAACUGGAUGAAGAAACACAACAUUUAGCUGUGAUGGAAUCAGUCUUUUCCCAUCCAUUUGAAAAUGGAGACUUCGAAAACAGAGAGAAAAUGAGGGUACAUGAUAGUUGGGCUGCUCCUGAUUCUUCACUGGAUUCUGGAAACUGUGGUACAGAUGAUGUUGCGGUACAUAUUGGAGUUGCUAAUAAGGUUUCUGACUUUUGUAAUCACAUUGACCUGAAUUCUCUCAAAAUAGAAGAUGAGUCUUCACUUGCACCCGCUACUCCAACUCUCGUCAUGAAAAUUGCACCAGGAAUGGAUUUGGAGGCACCUGUUAGUCCAGAAAAUAAGGAAUGUUCACCACCUAGAGGAGAAUCUGAGGAACACCAACUUGAGACACCUUCAAAACAGGAAGAUAGGGACCCAGAGACGAAACUCGCCAGGACUGCUGCGGAAGCUAUAUUCUUAAUUUCUGCAUCUGGGGUUCCACUGUGUUUGGAUAAUGCCACAGGUAAGCAAUCAGAAGCUUCCGGUGACUGCCUAAAUUGGUUUUCUGGGAUAGUAUGUUCUAUGGCAGGUGAGCUAGAGAAGGAGGUUGAGACAUUUCUGACUGGUGCUGCUGAUGGGGAUCACAAUGAAAUUUUACCCAAUGUAAUUGAUAACUUUGAUACCAUGACAUUGAAGCCUACAGAGAUGGAGGUGGAAGAGUAUUGUUGCAAGCGUACUCGUCAGACAAAGAAUGUAACACGUCCCAUUUUCAUAUCAAGUCAGCAGAGGACUGUCCAGACAAGGAGGGCAAGGCGACGAAAGGACUUCCAAACAGAAAGUGCUGAUACUACUAUGGUGACAGGUUCAAGAAGGAGAAAUGUGGGUAAAAAUGGGUGUGCAAGAGGGAAGAGGCAGUCACGUUCCAAUGGCACUCAGCACACAAUGUACUCACUUUUGAAGCAGCAAACUAAUUUCAAUGAAUUGGGCUUCAGGGAAGGAUGCAGUGUAACAGGUUGGGGGAAGAACAAUAGACGGCGCAGGGGCCAAAGAUUUCCAGCUAGUAAUCCAUCUCUUAUUUUUACUUAAAUGUACCAAUGGUUACUUGAAGGGAGAUAGGUUUUUGGGUCAUUAUAAGAAAGCGAGGACAGGGUAUUUGUUUUGGCUACGAAUUUUGGACUAAGGUCAUUUGCGAAGAGUCAGAUUGCUUUGUACAUAUUACUUAAUCUAAAUUUAGUUUGGGAUACUCUGUUUAUAGCUUACAGGCAGCAGCAUAUAUGCAUACCCGACAUGUAUGGUAUGGAUGCUAUGCACCAGUUACUGCCCCAUCUUAAGAUUGUUGCAAGAGGUAUUUGAAUUGAAAAAAAGAAGAUGAAAAUGUGAUUGGAC